AUGCUGACGUUGCUCAAGUUACCACCCAAGCUCUUGCUAAACGUCGCUGGUUAUUUGACCAAGCCAUCGGAUUGCCUGGCGCUGUCCCUAACUUGCUGCAAACUUCAAGUCACCGGAGAACAACAGCUCUACUCCAAUGUAACACUUCGCUCAAAGCACGAUGCGGCUGCAGAUAACUGGGUAGAGAUGUUAUACCAUUGCUUAACCUUGUUCGAACCGAGAUGCGAGUGGGUUCACAGUCUCUCCGUCACUCUUGUGCAUCCCCCCACACCAAGGGAGCUUGAGAGACUUACUGCUAUAAUGCACCUGCUCUCUUGUCUGGACAAUCUCAAGCUUGAGUACUCCUCUACCGCGCGCAAUCUCAAGCUUGAGUACUCCUCUACCGCGCGCAAUGUCAAAGCAAUUGACCUCCGACCUCUCCUCAAAGUCUGUUCCAUGUCACCGGAAUCUUCGCUCCGUCGCUUCGUAUGGCGCAACCUUGAUACUCUCAAUGAAACUUUUGUGUCCUUCCUUUGCUUCCACCGCAGCCUACAGCACCUGGAAUUCAACUUCGAGAUACCAAAAAUAGGCAUCAAGAUAUUGCCUAAUAUAGAAGUCCUUCGCAUGCCUAUUGCGACUGUCCUCCAGCUGCUUCCUGGCAGACAAAUUCAGUGUGUCAAGACGGCCAUCAGUGAUAACACACCCCUCACAUGGAUGGGUAUGAGUUUCCUGGAUAUGGAGAAGAUUCAAAUUUUCUCUUCAACUGUCUUUGGAGGCGACGAGGGUGUAGAAAUACACGAAUCCCUUGUUCAACAGUUGGGUUGCCUUGAGUUCCUCGAAAUACUGUUAAGAGCCACACUCAUGGGGGCUCAGGAUACACGCACCCACGGGACCACAGUUCCAUGUAGAGGCGCGGAGGGGAACGAGGGGAGCAAGGACAUACAGGCUUGGCUUCAGCUACUGGCUGCGCCUCCCACACUCUUGCGUGCCCUGUAUUUCCAGAGGGAGUCCUAUGCGGGUACCGAGGGUAUGGGCGGAGGCGAGGGGAUGCGAUGGGGGGACCUCAAUAGAGAGGCGAGGGUGCAAGUGCGGAAAGGAACUAAUAUUCAAACUAAGCAAUGA